AUGGGUGAUUCUGAGUUACAGCUCUAUCACAAUGCACGUUGCGUAUGUGAUGCAUGGGAAGCAGUUGGCCUUGGAUUUACAGUGACUGCUGCAAAUAUUGUUAAUGCAAGUCCACCAUUUACAGUGGGGCUGGUAGCACACCUUUAUGAAUUCCUGCCAGGGGUCUAUCCUCAAGAAACUAUCUACUUCAGUAUUGAUUUAGGAGGAGAAAUAACUCAUGAGAUAGUUUUACAGAACUUGUCUAAAAAACGAGUCACAUUCUUUCCUCGUAUUAUUGGUGACACAGCAAACUUAUUUUCGAUUGAAUACAAGCCUGGCCCUUUCCAUAUACUUGCAUCAAAGAAAAUUAAAAUUCCCAUAAAAUAUAAUGCAAGAAAAAUCAACAGGGUACAAGCAACCAUAAUAUUUUGUGGUGAACUUUCUUCACCGACACCUGCAUGUAGUGUGGCACUGAAUCUACAAGGCAAAGCAGUCAGGCUGAAAGAGCAUGCUACCGUCAAAAUUUCUGCACCACUAUAUCAUCCACUUGACAAGCAACAGAAAAUAAAUGUUCCUUAUGCAGUACCAAAUACCAAAUAUGAUAUAUUUAUUGCCCAUACUCAACCAACUCCAGAAACAGGAAUGAGAAUUGCACAACCAUGGAGUGAACUACGCAAGGCAAAAAUACCACAAUUGUUAUCCCUCAAGGAGUCAUAUUUGACAGUUGCAGAAGAACAAACAGAACCCCUUCAUAUGAAUAUUACAUGUGUACUGCCUUCACAAGUUCAUUUUUGGCUGAUCUUCACAAAUCCUAGUGUUGGAGAUUUCAUUAUCAAGCUGGAUAUUACCCCAACUUUAGCUACACCACAAGAAUUUCUUGGAGAAGUGGCUGUUGCUUCGCACUGUAACUGUCAAAUAGAGCAACCACAGGAAAAUUCGGCAUGUCCUCGCACUGUAGCUAUCCAGAUUCCAUGUUGCAACCAUUCUCUCUGGUUUGCAGCUGCAGAGAUAUUAAGGACUACUCUGGAGCAUCAUGAAUUUGAAUUUUGGAUCCAGUUCACAGAGACAAGAGUUGGAUUACUCUUACUAAACUGGUUUAUUGGGCAGGAAGCAAAUUCAGCAUACAAUGAAUUGUCACCUAUAUUCAAUACUAAUGUAACAUAUAAUAUCACUAGUAGUGCUCCAAAGUAUGUGAAGGUGCAACAUGAAGUCACAGUCAAAGAUACUCUGAGUAAGGGCGUGGUUCAGCUUUCUAUUCAUAUUGAAGAAGGAGCACCAAACCCUCUCACAUUCUCACUAACAUUGACAAGCAAGGAUGAAUGUGAAAUUCGCACAUACCAAGUAUGUAUAAGGGAGAUACAGUCAGACCAUGAUUUGUUUGAUGAGCCCACAUUAAAGCAACUUUCUAAAGCAAAAUCUAUUAACCAUGACAUAAAAUCAAAACAUGCAUCUGGCAAGAGUAUAUCUCACAACAGAAACUGACUUUGUGUGCUGUAUU